UCUCUCUCUCUUUCGCUCUACCUUAAAUCGUACCAAACCGUAUUGAUUGAUACAAAAUUGCAAGGUGCGAUCGUAAAUCUUGGUAUAGGAAGGUGUCUUUUGAGAUAAAUGGAUACGCAGCGUAAGCCGAAGCAUCUCAAGACCAAUCCAACAACCAUUGUUGCCUCUUCUUCUGAUCAAGAAGUGAGCAGUCUCGAGUGGGAAGAAAUAGCAAUGGCUCAAGAAGAAGAUGACUUGAUUUGCAGGAUGUAUAAGCUCGUCGGUGAAAGGUGGGAUUUAAUAGCUGGGAGGAUUCCAGGAAGAACAGCAGAAGAGAUCGAGAGGUUUUGGGUGAUGAAGAACCAUCGAAGAUCUCAAUUACGUUGAUGGCCGCCAACUCUUUAAAAAGAAAAAUCAUUUUUAUAAUAAAAACAAUGAAGAAAAAAGAAGAAGAAGAAGAAGAAAUGAAAUAUAUACAUAUAUAAAUAUCCUCAAUUCGUUGGUGAUUCUGCAGUUUUGUUCGUGAAAUUUGGAGUAGUAGUUGUAUUUCUCGUGUUUUCAUGUUGUGUAUCUUCUUAGUUAUUUGAUUAAAACAAAACCACGAACGGAACUUUUACUAAUUUGAAGAUUAUAUUUGUAAU